AGUUACUUAAAAUAUUUCAUCGAUAUUAAAGAUAAACGACGUUUCUCCAAGAACUAUUUUAUAAGAAAUAAUAGUCUGACUGUUUAUUGAAAAAUGAUUGCUAUUGGAUUUGAAGGAAGUGCGAAUAAGUUAGGCAUAGGAAUUAUUAAAGACAAUGAAAUAUUAUCCAAUGUUCGCCAUACAUACAUUACUCCUCCUGGUGAAGGAUUUUUGCCAAGAGAAACUGCACAACAUCACCGUGAACAUAUUCUUUCAGUUUUGAAAAGAGCUCUAAAAGAUGCCAAAUUAACAUUAAAAGAUGUUGAUGUUAUUUGUUAUACUAAAGGACCUGGAAUGGGAGCCCCAUUAACGGUUGCAGCAUUAGUAGCUCGUACUGUAGCUCAGUUAUAUAAUAAACCGAUAAUAGCUGUAAAUCAUUGUGUUGGUCAUAUUGAAAUGGGUCGAUUGAUUACUCAAAGUAAUAAUCCUAUUGCAUUAUAUGUCUCUGGAGGUAAUACACAGAUUAUUGCAUAUUCAGAACAGAAAUACAGGAUAUUUGGAGAAACUAUUGAUAUUGCUGUUGGUAAUUGUUUGGAUCGAUUUGCCAGGUUAUUGAAUCUAUCUAAUGAUCCAAGUCCUGGUUAUAAUAUUGAGCAGUUGGCUAAAAAGGGAAAAAAAUUUGUACCACUGCCUUAUGUUGUUAAAGGUAUGGAUGUAUCAUUUUCGGGAAUACUGAGUCACGUAGAAGAACGAAUUGACAAUUGGUUAAAAACAAAUGAAUAUACCUCAGAGGAUUUAUGUUUUUCACUGCAAGAAACUGUCUUUGCAAUGCUUAUUGAAAUAACAGAACGAGCAAUGGCACAUGUAGGUUCGAGCGAGGUGCUAAUAGUUGGGGGCGUCGGUUGUAAUGAGCGGCUGCAAGGCAUGAUGAGCGUGAUGUGCGAAGAGCGCGGAGCCAAGCUCUACGCCACCGACGAACGAUUUUGCAUCGAUAACGGAGUGAUGAUUGCCGUGGCUGGAUUGCUUCAAUUUAAGGCCGAAGGACGACCCACUGUCUGGAGUAAAACCAAUUGCGUGCAGCGUUAUCGCACCGACGAUGUGCACGUCACUUGGCGAGAAUAAUUCGCUGCGGUUCCUGACUGGAUUAUCAAGUGCAUUUGAUUGUCCACGCUAAUAUUUGGACUUGCAUCCAACAAAUACUUUUUUUGCUGCUUACGUUAUCUACAUUGUAAUAUAAUUAUAAAGGAAUAUAAGACUAUUUUAUAAUUAUUCGCAUAACACAUUAUUGGAAACAUUUCUUCUAAGCUCAAAGAAUAUGUUUUUGUAAUCAAGAUUCCAACAUAAUUAUACUUCAAUUCCUUAUUAUUAUGGAUCUCAAAUGGACCCUCAUCUUUAUCGUAUGUCAAACUACAAAGAGCUCGUUUAUUACUCGAGUUUUGUCGUAAUAAAGGAUAGUUCCGAUCUACUUUAUGAGGCACUUACACUAUUUAGACUGAUGCACGAAAACAAGCAUUCUACAUGAAGAUUUUGAGGCAUUCAAUAUUAACUUAAUGGUUUUAUUAUUUAUUAGGUUAUGUAAUUUCCUUUUACAAAUAGACUGUCCUCGUAUUUUGAAUUUGGAUAAUCUUAAGUUGAAGUAAUAGUAAUCUCAAGUUUAGAAACAAAGUUUAUUCGCUACUAUAAUUUACCGAUUAGUA